AUGUUGGAAUACUUCACUUCCAAGAAAGUCAAGAAACAGGAAACGGAAAAGAAAGCAGAGGCUGGCCUACUACCACCCCUCAUCAACGAGGAAGACGAACAUUUCCUGGAGCGCAUCGUGUCUGCAGAGGGCACUCCACCACCGCUCCCUGAGCGACCGCGUGUAUUGGGGCCAGAGGCUGGGGACUCGACGGGGAAUGCGGCGCAGGUAGUUGUGCAUGAUGAGAAUGAUACUGCUGAGGAAGAGAAGAGGCGAAGCCCGAAGGACAAAGGGAAAGGGAAGGAGAGUGAGAAAGAUGCCGAGAAGGAGAAGAAGCCUGGAAGAUUCUCUUUCUUGCAUAGGAGUGGAACGAAAAAGAACAAAGACGGGUUAAAGGCAGACUCAACUGUCGCCACACCAAACGAAGCUGCUACUGAAGAGAUAGACAUCAACAAAGUCCUCGAGGACCUCAACCUUUCCGCCGUCAAUAACCGCGCUUUCUCUAUCUCGGAAGAAUCGCAAGUCAUCCUCCAGAAGUUCACAGUUAUCCUCAAAGACCUCAUCAAUGGCGUACCGACCGCUUACGACGAUCUCACACACCUCCUCGACGACUCCCAAAAAACACUAGCGAAGGGCUACGACCAUCUACCGGGGUUCCUGCAGAAGCUGGUCAUGACUCUGCCGGAUAAGUUAACCAAGAACCUAGGGCCCGAGAUCCUAGCCGCAGCUGCUGAAGCCCAAGUCUUGAACACAGCAGGUGCAGCCACGGCUGGAGGCGCCGAAACCGCAGGAGGUGCAGCCGGAAUCGGCGCAGCAGCCAUGAAGUUCCUCAAACCCACCAGUCUCAAAGACCUCGUCACGAAGCCCGGAGCCGUAGUUUCCAUGCUGAAAGCGAUAUUGAACGCUCUGAAGCUGAGGUGGCCAGCAUUCAUGGGAACCAACGUCCUGCUCAGCAUUGCACUUUUCAUCCUGCUGUUCGUAUUCUGGUACUGCCACAAGCGCGGCCGCGAAGUGCGUCUAGAGAAAGAAGCGAAGGUCGAUAGCGAAGGACGCAUCAUUGAGCUAGACGACGACCCUAUGCUGCCCAGCGGAGAGUCCAGCCAGAGCCGACCAGGUCCGUCGCGGAGCCAUACAGAUCGGGAGCAGCGUUCCCGGCCAUCGAGUCGUGAGAAUGGAUCCGGUCCGUCGAGCAGCGAGCGGGAACCGGAUCGGGAGCACCGACAUGAGCAGCAGGUGGGAGAGCGGGACCAUGCAUAG